AUGGAGGGGCCCCCUGCACUGGGGGGCCCCCCCGUUGGGGGCCCCCCCUCGGGAGGCGUGGGUUAUGAAGGCCAAAUCCCCUUUACCGAGCAGCAGCAGCAGCAGCAGCAGCAGCAGCAGCAGCAGCAGCAGCAGCAGCCCUUUUAUGCGUCUCACCCGGCUGAGGACGCGGGGACUGAGUUUUACAUAAUUCGUUCUUGUUCGGAGUACAAUGUGGAAGUCGCCAGGCGUUUGGGCGUCUGGGCCACAAUCCCCAGAAACGAGGCCAGACUUGCACAGGCAGCCAGAGAGGCUCCUCACGUGCUUCUCUUCUUUCGAGUUCUUUCUUCCCACAACUGGGCGGGCUAUGCGCGAAUGAAGACAGCCCCGGGCGAAGGCUCUUAUCCCUCCAGUGUCUUUUCGGGCCGCAGCGGAAGGCCAUUUGUUGGAUUGUCUUUUGACAUAGAGUGGAUAAGCAAGGCUCCCCUCAGCGUUGACUUGACGAGAACUCUUUACAACAAAUACAACAAUGGCGAGUCCGUCAACAGAGCCAUGGACGGCCAACCAGUGGACCCGCAAGCUGGAAGAGCUUUGGCUUAUCUUUUUGAUGAAAUGAGCAGCACAAACAAUUCCAGCAUAAGUCCCUUUGGGGGCCCCUUCUCGAGGGGCCCCCUGGGGGGCCCCCUGGGGGCCCCCCUGGGGGCCCCCCAGGGGCCCCCCGGCCGCUUGGCGCUGCAGCCAGCGGGCGCCAGGCAGCAGCAGCAGCAGCAGCAGCAGCAGCUGCAGCAGCAGCAGCGAGGGGCGGGGACGGGGCCGCAGAGAAAGAAACAGACGCAAAACAAACGCCAAAACCAAAACGAAUCCGCAGAAGGCGGCCAGCAAAAGGUCCUUUUGGCGCUGCACAAUCCCGCGACGAAGAUCUUCCCUGUGGACUUGACGGAGAUGACGUACGACGACUACAUCGAGACUUACGAAGCCUCGCAGGCGCUGUGGCAGCGGGUGUUUCGAAAGCAUGGAUAUCAAGUGGAGGACUUUGCUGCUGCUGCUGCUGCUGCUGCUGCUGCAGCGCCGCAGGAGGCGGCGCUGCAGCAGCAGGGGGUACGUACACCCGAAGCUGCGCAGAGCCCCCGGGGUGUACGUACACCCGAAGCUGCGCAGACACCCCGAGACAGCAGCACCCCACAAGACACAAAUGCGCAGCAAAUCGAAAGUGCUGCAGCACGAGACACAAGUCCGCAGCGGGGUGUACGUACACCCGAGGCAGCAGCAGAACAGCCCCCAGCUGGAGAUACACCUGAAGACGCAAAGCCAGAAACUGCUGCUGCAGACGAAAGCAAAGAGAAAAGGCGAGCUGCUGAGGUGUACGUACACCCCAGCGAGUCGCCUGUGCGGCUCAAGGAAGAGCCAGAAGCUCCUGCUGCUGCUGCUGCUGCUGCAGCAGCGGAGAGUGCAGCAGCAGCAGCGGAGAGUGCAGGAGCAGCCGAGGUGUACGUACACCCCAAAGAAGAUGGGGGGAGCGAACAGAAACUCCUUAAUGUCAAAACAGAGAUUUAG